AUCACUCCAGUUGUUUGGAGAAGCCGGAAGUGAAUACAGGAAAAUUACAACAAACAGAGCAGGGCACAGUUACUGAUCCACACGAAGAGCUGGGUAAAGAAAAGACUUAAAACUACCGCCGUCUAAUCGUCACACUUCCUCAAGAAGAACCAGCAGCCGAACCGGAGUGAUAUGCCGAACAUGGAGAAGAAUUUGUUUAACCUCAAGUUUGCAGCCAAAGAACUUCAGCGGAGCUCGAAGAAAUGCGACAAAGAAGAGAAAGCAGAGAAGGCCAAGGUCAAGAAGGCCAUCCAGAAGGGCAAUAUGGAGGUCGCCCGGAUACAUGCGGAAAACGCCAUCCGCCAGAAGAACCAAUCAGUGAACUUCCUCAGAAUGAGCGCGAGAGUUGAUGCGGUGGCUGCACGAGUACAGACGGCAGUCACCAUGAACCAGGUCACCAAAUCUAUGGCUGGCGUGGUGAAGGGCAUGGAUGUAACCCUGAAGAGUAUGAACCUUGAGAAGAUUUCAGCUCUAAUGGACAAGUUUGAGCGCCAGUUUGAAACCCUGGAUGUACAGACGGCUCAGAUGGAGGACACGAUGAGCAGCACAACGACACUCACUACACCACAGGGUCAAGUCGAUGCUCUGAUGAUGGAAAUGGCAGAUGAGGCCGGGCUGGACCUCAAUAUGGAGCUUCCUCAAGGUCAGACAGGAUCGGUGGGAACCAGUGUAGCAUCUGCAGAACAGGACGAGCUCUCUCAGAGACUGGCCAAACUCAGAGACCAGGUUUAAGGAGAAACGGGUGUGUGUAUGUGUGUGUGAAAGAGAGAGAUUGUAUAUAUGCAAGUUUGUAAGAAACAUAUCCCCUGUUUACUGACUCCUGGAAAUAUUGGCCUCAUUGUUUAUUUGUGUUUUCAUUUUAUGCAUUUGAGAAUGGGUGUGCAGCUUUCAUUAUCCACAAUAACAGGUUGGAAAGCUCAAUUAGACAAAAUUACAAAUGGUAAUUACAUGGCAACUACAUGGUAACACUGCUGUCAUCAGGUUAGUUCUGGGGUCCUGCUCUGAAUUCAGUCACUAAUAAUUGAACGAAAGAUUAUUAUACAUUUUUAUUUGCGUUUAUGUUUUAAAAACCUGCUUGUCUUUCAAAUACAUUUUAUGGCAGUGUAGCUACAUUAACCUGUACCAGCGCUGAUAUCAGACAAAUGUUGAGUAAAAUCGUGACACCUGUUUCUUCCUGCUGCACACAUGGUCUGCUUUAAAGCAUUGUAGGAAUUUGUAACUUAAAAUGCAUGCGGUCAAGAUGAUGAUAUGAAUAAAGCCUCAUUUUGUCCAAAGCAGUAAAAUCCCCAGUUUAUCAAAUUAUUUAUGUCUUUAGUCUUUAGAGAAACACUGAUUUUCUGUUCAUUUAUAAUAUUUUGGUUUAUCCAAAAUGUAAAAAAAAAAAUAAAUAAAAAAAAUAAUAAUGCUUUUGGCAAUAUAUGGUUCGAUCAGCUGGCUCAAAUGAGAACAUAUAUAUGUUUGUCUGUAUAUAAAUAAACAUUUUGCAAAUCCUUU